AUGAUUCGUAUAACCAUAGUCAUAAUUUUUCUCGUUUACAGUGUGAUCAACACCAAGUGCAGUAGAUCAUCUUACAACGAUAAAACUGAUCAUCUUAUGCUCACACCGCUCAUUGAUAGAGGAGAAGCGAAACUCGCUAGAAGUUUAUCAAGAAACGAACCUUCUAUACUUAAGAACCUUGAAAGUUAUUCGGGAUACAUCACCGCUAACCAAUCAGUAGAUUGGAACCUUUUCUUUUGGUACUUUCCUAAUAAAAGGAAUCUGACGCAACAAGCGCCGUGGAUACUCUGGCUUCAAGGGGGUCCUGGCAUGUCUUCUCUGUAUGGGCUGUUCAAGGAAAUAGGGCCAUUGCAGAUUGUAAACGGAAAAGUCGAAGAAAUGCCCGUCACCUGGGCCAGUGAAUACUCACUCUUAUUCAUUGAUAACCCCGCUGGAUCAGGAUUCAGUUUCUCGGGCAGUGGUAGAUAUCCAAAGAGCCAAGAAGAGAUUGGCGAAAGUCUGCUCAACUUUAUGAAACAAUUUAUUCAAGUGUUCCCAGAAUUGAGUGAAGCGCCACUGUACAUUGCUGGUGAAGAAUACGGAGGGAAAUAUGUUACAGCAUUAGCACAUUAUAUUCACCACGAUGAAAAUUCCUCCCAAAUUUUGAACUUAAAAGGUUUGAUAAUCGGGGAUGGUUGGUUAGAUCCGCCUAAUCUUCUUCACUAUUCCGAGUGGGCGCUUCAACAGGGAUUUGUUGAUCAAAAUCAAGCGCAGCUUAUAAGAGAAGUAGAGAAUAAAGCGCGGAAAUAUUGGGACGAAGGAAACGUAUACCACUAUUCAGGUAAUGCCAAAAAAGCGUAUAAUAUAUUGAAAACAUUUGCACCAUUCGACGACCAAAACUUUUUGAAAGACCUCCCAGAAAAUUGGGAAACUGAUAUCAUGGUCUUUUUAAAUCAGAAAAAAAUAAAGAAGCUACUGCAUGUAGGGGUAAUAGGGUUCGAUUUGAUUCAUUACAAAGUACAAACAAAAAUAUAUAAUGAAAUCUAUCUGACGGUCAAGCCAUGGUUGGAAGAAUUAUUGGAGCAUUAUGGAGUAUUGUGUUACAGUGGACAACAAGACAUGCUUAUGGCAUAUGCACUUUUGGCAGAAUCUUAUAGAAACUUUGAGUGGUCUGGACGAGAAGCAUAUAUUAAAGCAAGGAGGGAGCCAAUUUUCGAUUCCGACAACACAAUUCGUGGAUAUCUGAAAACUGCAGGAAAUUUUAUGGAAGUUAUGAUUCGUGGUGCAGGACAACAUGUUCCAACUGACAAGCCCAAAAUUGCAAAGGGAAUAAUUGAUUCAUUCAUACAAAAGUUUAUG